UGAGGGCGGGAAGUAGGGGCGGCUAGAGAGAGGCGGGCCCAGCUGACAGACUUUCCUCUAGCCCCCGCCCUCCUCCGGACUUCCCCGUGACGUCAGGGUACGGCCCCCGGGGCGGUGGGAGGGAGGCGCAUGACGUCACCCGAGGCACGCCUCCUCCGCUGGUUCGGUCCUGACGUUCAUUUCAUUCCUGUCCUCAUUCCGAGCAUUCCUCGCAUCGCUCGCGCCGAGUCCCCGCUCCCGCACCGUGUCCGGCCCUCCCCGGGGUGCCCCCCCGCCAGCAGCUCCGCGGACAAUAGGCAGAGUGGGAGAAGUUGCUGCUGCUCAGCUUUGUGGGGUGUCCUCAGCCGCCCGCCCUCCCGCCGGGGGCUGCUCCUCUCCCUCCAAGUUCAAGUGACAAAGUGUCAGGAAUCAGCGGAAUCCCGGAGAAGAGCGGAGAAAGCUCCCAGCGAAUCCCACAGGAUUCCUCCCUGCAAACUUCCCUUCUGGUUUCUCUUUGUCCAGCGUCCAGGCUUCGGCUUGGAGUACCCAACCGCCACCAUUGAGCCCAGUAGUUGGAGCGGCAGCGAAAGUCCUGCCGAAGAUAUUGAAAGAAUGAGCGAUUCUGCUGAUAAACCCAUAGACAAUGAUGCAGAGGGUGUCUGGAGCCCGGAUAUUGAGCAGAGCUUUCAGGAAGCGCUCGCUAUCUACCCACCAUGUGGGAGAAGGAAAAUUAUACUGUCAGAUGAAGGCAAAAUGUAUGGUAGGAAUGAAUUAAUAGCGCGAUACAUCAAGUUACGGACAGGGAAGACGCGGACCAGGAAGCAGGUGUCUAGUCACAUACAGGUCUUAGCAAGGAAGAAAGUUCGUGAAAUCCAAGCCGCCAUUAAGGUGUCUAGUCACAUUCAGGUUCUUGCCAGAAGGAAAUCUCGUGAUUUUCAUUCCAAGCUGAAGGUGACAAACAUGGAUCAAACCGCCAAGGACAAAGCAUUGCAACACAUGGCAGCCAUGUCCUCUGCCCAGAUUGUGUCCGCCACCGCCAUUCACAACAAGCUGGGACUACCAGGGAUUCCACGUCCAGCCUUUACUGCUGCACCCGGGUACUGGCCAGGAAUGCUUCAGACAGGGCAGCCGGGCUCCUCACAAGACGUUAAGCCAUUUGUCCAGCAAACCUAUCCCAUCCAGCCGGCAGUCACAGCGCCUCUUACAGGGUUUGAACCCACCGCGCCCCCGGCCUCAUCAGUCCCUGCGUGGCAAGGGCGGUCCAUCGGCACAACAAAGCUUCGACUGGUGGAAUUUUCAGCAUUUCUAGAACAGCAGCGGGACCCGGAUGCAUACAACAAACACCUCUUUGUGCACAUUGGACAAGCCAAUCACUCGUACAGCGACCCUCUGCUUGAACCCGUAGACAUCCGCCAAAUUUAUGACAAAUUUCCAGAGAAGAAAGGGGGCUUAAAGGAACUCUUCGGAAAAGGGCCGCAAAACGCAUUUUUCUUAGUGAAAUUCUGGGCCGACCUAAACUGCAAUAUUCAGGAUGACGCCGGGGCAUUUUACGGGGUAACAAGUCAGUACGAAAGCUCAGAAAACAUGACCAUCACCUGUUCCACUAAAGUCUGCUCCUUUGGUAAACAAGUGGUGGAGAAAGUGGAGACAGAAUACGCAAGGUUUGAAAAUGGCCGAUUUGUGUACAGGAUAAACCGCUCUCCGAUGUGUGAAUAUAUGAUUAACUUCAUCCACAAACUGAAGCACCUCCCGGAGAAGUACAUGAUGAACAGCGUGUUGGAAAACUUCACUAUUCUGUUGGUGGUAACAAACAGGGAUACGCAGGAGACUCUACUGUGCAUGGCGUGUGUAUUCGAGGUGUCAAACAGCGAGCAUGGCGCACAGCAUCAUAUCUACAGGCUGGUAAAGGAAUGACCGCAGACCGCCGUUCACUCCGUACACUAGACACACACUAAAAACUUCACAACGGACACUGACUAAACCUCAACACUAGUGGCAGCGCCUACGGCCACCCAGCGUUCCUCCGCUCUGUUUAUUUCCGUGACGUCAUUUCUAAUAUGUUUAUAAAUUAAUUGUAUCUGUGAAACAUUACGGUUUGUAAAGAUUUCUUAAAAAAAAAAAGAGGAAAAAUUUAAAAAAAAAAUAACUGAGGGGAAAAAGUCCAAACUCCGGCAGCGCGGGGAAGACUUGCUGUUGCCUUGCAGAGCGAUCGCACAGCACAGUUAUCCAGCAGUGACAUGGUUAAUGGUGCCACAGCUACGUUAUGUAGACUUCUGAGUUUGCGGCGAUGGUUAAAUGUAAAGGAAUUUUAAGAAAAUAAAUCGUUGGAAAAAAUAGAGCCGAUAACGGAUUUACAUAAAAAUGUAUGAAUGUAAACGGACGCUUCAAGACGUUAACCUUUCUAACGAGGGGACGCGGAAGGACGAAUGUAAGAACCUAAAUUAUUUAAAGAAGAAAAAUUGUGUUUUUCUUUUCAAACCAAAUGAUCUAUUUCUUCAGAUGUGCCUGAAACGAGGCGGGAGGUUUUCUAGAAUCUGUUUUUAUUUUCCGGUUUUAGCUCAUCUUUUAGUCCAGGACACUAUUUUAACGAGGAAUCGGUACUGCCGUCUGUAGCCAGACCUGAGCGUAGAGAGCUGUACUAACAGAGUUUAGGAGAGAGGUGGCUUAUUUUGCAAUAAGUUUUUUUUUAUUGUUUUUAUGUUAACUUACAAAAAUGUCCUUUUUAAUGUUAGAUAUAUUUUUUUUAAUACCAGCCUCCUAUUGUAUCGGAGUGGAGUGAAAUUAUAUCUGCUGGCGGGAGGGAAGGAGCGCUACAAUAAUGGCGGCUUCUAGAGGCGACAGAUCUAGGAGGUUGGGAGGUGCAGUUCAUGGUGGAUAUCCCAAAGUCUGCUCCUGCCCGAAAUAUGGGAGAUGAGUGAACCGGGCGAGCGCAGAGAGUCUCCUCCGGCGUCUGUGCACGUGAUGACACUGGACUAGAUUACACUGAGCAUGCGCAGGAGGCUGCACCAUGCCGAAAGGACGGGUGGGUGAGGCUAGCCAUUUACUGUAUCAUAACCACGUGCCCUGGUGCCAAAAACCAGCACAGGCAUUACAUACAAACAAAAGAAACAGCAAGAACAAAGGUAAUCUAUACAUCAGAAACAAUACACAGCGAGGAACGGAAAACCAUAUGAAAGUGGCCGACCCCAUUACAUCCACAAUACCUGGAGCUGCUCCUAGAAGCAACCAAGGGGAAAUGGAGAAGAAAAAGGCCUUAUUAUGUUAUUAGGGAGUCCAGGGGUACGACCCAAGUGGGCAGAUGGCCCCAUGCAGCCAGUGUCUGACCUGCAUGAUUUGCGGUAAAAUCAUGCGGCCAUUGGUUGCUGCGGGUGGAUGUGGCUGGCUGCAUGCUGCCGGCUGCACCGCCUUAGGGUACAUCCACACAGUCAGGUUCCUGCAUGCAGUUCUGGAAGCCAAAAUCAGGAGUGGAUGAUAAAAGGAGAGGGAGUAUAAAGGACAGACACGAUGCCUCCUCUUUAUUGGUUUUGGCUACAUCAGGAAAGCUGAUGGUGCGGCCGUGCCCGUAGGGUUCAUGCCCACUGCUGUAGUACAGUAAUGCUGGAGGCUAGUGAGGACCUGAGGGUUCAUGUAAGGUCCCUCUACCUCCCGUCAGAGGAGAAUAAUUCCACUUCAGCUCCUGAUCCGCCGCUGGUCCGUGAGGUCUGACACUAACCGCCUGUGUAAUCCUUCUUAUUAACACAAACGUGUUGGGAUUUAUUACUGGUUCUUUCAAGCACUUGUAUUUUCUGACAAACACUACUUUUUGAAAGCUGACUGUUUUCUAUGUGAUAUAUUGAUGACCUUUUACUAUGAAUAUUCAGCCAUAAUUGUUGAAGCAUCAAAAGAAAAAAAAAAUCAUCCAGAAAAGCAACAAUCUGCGCUGCAGAGCGUGUCCUGGUGAAGGGCACCUGUCCUGCGCAGAGCGUGUCCUGGUGAAGGGCACCUGUCCUGCGCAGAGCGUGUCCUGGGGAAGGGGCACCUGUCCUGCGCAGAGCGUGUCCUGGUGAAGGGCACCUGUCCUGCGCAGAGCGUGUCCUGGUGAAGGGCACCUGUCCUGCGCAGAGCGUGUCCUGGGGAAGGGCACCUGUCCUGCGCAGAGCGUGUCCUGGGGAAGGGCACCUGUCCUGCGCAGAGCGUGUCCUGGGGAAGGGCACCUGUCCUGCACAGAGUGUCUCUGAACGGCACGUCGCCUGCAGAGUGUGUCCUGGUGAAGGGGCACCUGUCGUGGCGUUCAGACACUCUGUGCAGAUCGCCUGCAGAGCGUGUCCUGGUGAAGGGGCACCUGUUGUGGCGUUCACAGACACUCUGUGCAGAUCGCCUGCAGAGCGUGUCCUGGUGAAGGGCACCUGUCCUGCGCAGAGCGUGUCCUGGGGAAGGGGCACCUGU